CUUUUCCCUUAAGCAACAAAAAUCAUCCCACACCCUCCAAAAUGUCCCUGAUCACCCCACCACCCAUUACCAUCGAAGACCUCCACGCAUUCCAAGCAAAACACUUCCCGGGGAGCAUCAUCGCCCAAACACCACAGCCACAACCACAACAAGUGACGAAUACCAACCAGCCCGAAGAACAAUACACCUUGGAAGAAGAAUACCAAGAAUACGAUUACUACGAAGAAGAAGAAGACCUAGGCUACUACCCCGACGGCGUGAAACGCACGCUCACGGACGAACAAAUCCGCAUAUUCAGACAUAGUGAAAUCCAUGCCUUGAGGAGGGAGAAGGAGUUGCGUGAGGAGGAGGAGGCGGAUGCAGCAGCAGCAACAGAGCGUGCCGUAGUUGCAGAUGCGGACGCAAACGCACGAUCAGAUGCAGCUGGUACAGAACAAGCGAGCAAGUCUCGGGCAAAAGGGGAAGAAGAUGCGGAUGUGAAGAUGGAUUAUGGGGAUGGGGAUGGGGGUGCUUCUGCUUCUGCUUCGAAUACGACUUCGAAGGCGGCUUCUAGGCCUGUGCCGCAGUUUACAGGCAGGAGGAUCAUUUCGUAUGAUGAUUGAGGUUGAGGUUGAGGUUGAUCAGAGGUUGAGAGUUAAGGUGGUUUUUUAUGUGAUUGCCUCAUAUUUAUCUGCCUGCUUGCCUGCCUAGGUAUAUGUGGUGCGGUUAACCGUUCUGGUUUCUGCGCCCUGCUGGAGACACCGUCGACACAUCUGUCUAUCCGACAUUCUAGGGUGCUUCAGUCACACGCAUCAGCUGGUCCUUCUGACAUGUGCUGUCUUUGAUGAAGCAAGAGCAAAUGAUGUGGCAUUUUGAUCAUAUGCAUCGACGGUGCAAACACCCUGUA